AAUUUUCUUCCCUAAAUCAUUUCCCACCCAAAUCUUUCCCUUCCUCUCUCCAUCUCCAUCUCUUCUCCUCAACCCCACCGUGAUCCCUCCACCGUCGACCACGCACGAGUUCGCCACUGUGCGUUCUCCAUCUUCAGCCAAAAGUCACCGUCCGUUCUCCAUCUUUGGCUGUCUUCCAUUUCCGACAGAGCUUUCACCGUCUUGCGCCGACCGAACUCUCCAUUUCCACCGCCGAAUGAGGUCCCCCAGUUCCGGCGACCAUUUUCCUCAUUUCCGGCCUAGAUCCCCCCAUUCCCAGCACCGGUAGCGAUCUCCCCCAUUUUUGGUUUUUUGAGUUGUUUUCCGAUUAGCAUGCUAGAAUAAACAAUUUUAGAGGUGGUGCACUAUUUUGGAUAUUGGAAUUUAAUAUUCCAGCUCUUUUCGUGAGUUUUCUCUACAAUCAAAUAGUGAGUUGUGAUUAUUUUGGUUGAGGAGAAAGGUUGCAAAGAAAAGAAGUUGGCUUGCAAUUUUGGAUCAUUCUUUGUAGAUCCAAGAAAAUAACUGCUAUUGCUGCAGCAGUUAUUAGUGAUGAAAAUUUUAAUAUUAUUCUCGCUGUUACUCAAAAGCUAAUUUCUUUUGAUGCACUCCGAAUUCGGAGACCGAUAGACUAGUAAUAGUAUAUUAGCUACGUUCGUAUGCCAUUGCAGUGACCAGAAAGGCAAUAUUUGCAUAGACAUGGCAGUGGUUUCUUCAAGACUAGUCUUCCUGUCUGCCAUAUGCAUUCUCAUUGCUCCAGCCAAUAUUGUUCGAUCGCAGCAAGAUUAUAACUAUAACUGCUCAGAUAACCAGGGUAACUACGGUAGUGGCAGUACCUACGAGACAAACCGGAAUCUCGUCCUCUCCCGGAUCUCCUCCAACAGCAAUGACUACGGGUUCUAUAAAUCGUCUUAUGGGGAAAGCCCUGACGAAGUAUAUGCAAUUGGACUUUGCAGAGGAGAUUUGAAGCCUGAUAAAUGCCGUAAUUGCCUCAAUAUCUCUAAAGAUACUCUCACACUACAGUGUCCCGUUCAGAAGGAAGCAAUAGUAUUUUAUGAGGAGUGCAUGUUGCGCUACUCAAGCCGCAACAUAUUUAGCACCAUGGAUGAAACUCCUGAAUAUCCUUGGAUGAGCAAGCUCUAUAACAUAUCAGACUAUUCAGCCGAUGAGAAGGUUCAGUUCGGUAAGGACCUCCCGAACUUGUUGCAAAACCUACGUGGUCGAGCUGCAGCAGGUGGUUCUCUCCGUAAGUUUGCAGUAGGAAAUGCAUCAGCCCCAAGAUCCCAAACAAUAUAUGGACUGGUUCAGUGCACACCUGAUUUGUCUGAGCAAGAUUGCAAUGGAUGCUUGAGUGGGGCUAUUGAUAAUUUCUUGAAGGCUUAUGCUGACAGACUAGGUGGGAGAAUUCUUAGACCCAGCUGUAAUUUUAGGUAUGAGAACUCCAGCUUCUUUGACCCCACAGCUUAUGCGCUACCAUCACCGCCACCGGGUAACAAAUCUCGAACUGUGAUCAUUGUAGUUGUGGUGUCCGUUGUUGCUCUCGUGGUGCUAGCCAUCUCCAUUUACAUAGUGUGGAAGCGAAGGCGGAAGAAACCAGGAAACCAAUCGAACUCAACAAGAAGUACUAGGACCUCGUCUCCCAUGGCUCCUGCAGCAACCACUCCAUCAUCAUCUAAAUUUCGUUGGGACGUCUUCUUGAGUUUUAGAGGUGUCGACACCCGCAAUAACUUCAUUGAUCACCUCUACACUUCCUUGGUGCAAGAAGGAAUUCGCGCCUUUCAAGAUGAAGAGAAGCUUCCAAGAGGGGAGACCAUCUCUGCCGGACUUCUCAACGCUAUCAAAGAAUCAAAGAUUUUCAUUGUAGUUUUCUCCAAAAACUUUGCUUCUUCUUGUUGGUGCCUUGAUGAACUUGUGGAGAUUAUGAGCCAUAGGGAAACCACAGGCCGCACUCUUCUUCCCAUAUUUUAUCACAUAAAACCCUCGGAUGUUCGAAGUCUGACCGGAACUUUCGCAGAAGCAUUUGCUAUGCAUGAAGAGCAGUUUCAUAACAAUAUUGACAAGGUGGAUAAGUGGAAAAAUGCUUUUACUAAAGCUGCAGAUUAUCCAGGCUUGGAUCUCGAAAGCAUUGCAAAUGAGCGAGAAGCAAAAUUCAUAAAGAAGAUUGUUGACGAAGUUUUGCAAAUAUUGAAAGGCUCUGAGACGUCGGCCUGAAUGUUGCCCACAUCCAAUAGGAACAAACUCUCAUGCUGACGAGAAGGAAGUUCUAUUCAACGUUAUAUAUAUGGUUAAUUGUAUCGAUCUGUGCUGAGAGAAACUAUGUUUUUCUUUUUCCCUCACCAAAGGUUUCAAAAUAUAAAUUUUCCUGUUUGCAACACUAUUUGCUGUAAUUUCAUAAUUAAUUUGUCAAUGCCAUUGAAUU